AUUUCUUACCAAACCAAAAGAAAGUAACAAAAGACUCGAUGGGUGCCAAAGUCUCAUCCUAUUCUCUCAUCAAAGCCUCUCUCUUUCUUCUUCUUCUUCUUCUCUUCAACUUUUUUUCUUUUUUCUCUCUGGGAGCCUCGGAGACAGACAGACCCAUCAAUGGAAAACUCGCCAAAACCUCUGGAAGGGCAGAACCCAAGUCUCAUACCAUCUCCAAACAGCCACAGCACCAACAGUAGCAGCAGCAGUAGCAGCAACAGCAAUGGACUCCACCACCCGCCAACUCCCAAACCUAUUACCCGAUCCGAAUCGAAUCCUUACCCGACAACCUUCGUUCAAGCAGACACCUCCUCCUUCAAGCAAGUGGUCCAAAUGCUCACCGGAUCCUCUGAGACAGCCAAACAGGCCUCGGCUUCCAAACCAGUCUCCGAUCCGAGGACCCAUAUUCCUCCCAUCAAAACGGGGGCCAAGAAGCAACCAGGGUUCAAGCUCUACGAGAGGAGGAACAGCCUCAAGAACCUCAAGCUCAGUCCUCUCAUACCUGGGUUUGUUCAGAACAAUUCUGGAUUUUCUCCGCGGAAGCCCGAGAUACUCUCUCCUAGCAUGCUUGAUUUUCCGGCUCUGGUUUUAAGUCCGGUGACGCCGUUGAUACCUGACCCGUUUAAUAGAUCUCCCAUGAAUUCUUGUAGUUCUUCUGCUUCUGCUAAUGCAAAUUUGGAUUCUGAAGCUGAGGAGAAGGCGAUCGCAGAGAAAGGCUUUUUCUUGCAUCCAUCGCCGGCGACGACCCCGAGGGACUCCGAGCCUCGGCUUUUGUCUCUGUUUCCGGUGACUUCCCCCAGAGUUCCAGGUUCUUCGACUUCUUCUUGAAUAAUUUUUACGCUGAUUUUAUGUAAGAAUAUAAUAUUGGCAUUCACGAGGAAAAUGAUCAAUUUGUAAUGGGAUAUUUGGAGAGAAUUGUAAAAUUUGAUCUCUGUUUCUUUUUUUUCCUUGGGUUAUGUUUGGUUGCCGAGAAAAAUCUGAUGAAAAAAGAAAAGAAAAAGAAAUUUUUUUGUGUCUUAUUAA